CAUUGUUAAUUGCGCUUGAAAACCAGUUCAUUUUCUCUCUCUCUCUCUCUAAAACCAGAAAGCAAAGAAAGAGCCUUUUGCUAAUUAUGGCGUUCAAGAAAACCCUAGCCGAGCGCAUCUUCAAUAUCUCCAAGAUCUCGACCCAAACCCUCAGAAACUGCCGGAUUUCCUCGUCGGCGGUGCAUCUCCGGCCGGCGGCGAAGCCUCGGGAGGCGAGCAUCGCGCCCGAGCCGGGAGACAAUGCCAUUUUCCGGCGGUUCAUUCACAAGAGGGCCGGCGUCGCGAAGCCGGAGAUCUGGUCGGUCCCGAUCGGCGAGAACCUGAUGGAGAAGCUCAGGUCCGUAGGCAUUCCCGGGAGCCGGAUUCGGUUGGACGGUUUGGCUCCGCCGGCGCCGGCGCCGGUGCCGGAGAAGGAGAAGGUGUCUGCGCCGGCUGUCAUGGCCGGACUGACGGCGGAGGAGACGAGGAAGUUGUUGAGGGUGGCGCAGAUGGAGGCGGUGAAGGCGAAACUCCGGGAGGUGCGGAAAACGUGGGUGACGUAUUCGGAGUUUGUUGGGAUUUGCACGGAGGGUUGUUCGGAUCCGGAUCUGGGUCUCGGGUUUGCGAAAUCGCUGGACGAGAGUGGCUCCGUUAUCGUUUUGGGAAACGCCGUUUGCCUCAGACCUGAACAGGUAGCAAAAGCAAUCCAGGACCUCAUUCCCAUCCCUGGGGCCACUCCAAACGAUGCAAAAAUGAAGGAGCUAGAAGACAUGGAGAAACAGAAAUCCCUAAUAGACCAGAAAGCCGAUUCCUUGGUGCGCAGGGAACUGUGGUUGGGGCUUGGCUAUCUCGUUGUCCAAACAGCCGGGUUCAUGAGGCUGACCUUUUGGGAACUCUCAUGGGAUGUGAUGGAACCCAUCUGUUUCUAUGUGACUUCAAUGUACUUCAUGGCUUGCUAUGCCUUCUUCCUCAGGACCUCCAAAGAGCCCUCUUUCGAAGGCUUCUUCCAGAGCCGUUUUGAUGCCAAGCAGAAGAAAUUGAUGAAGGAUCACAAUUUCGAUUUGGGUAGGUAUGAGGAGCUUAGAAAAUAUUGUUACCCCUUCUCUUCUUCUUCAUCGGAGUUAGGCAACCCAUCAACUGCUUUUGAUGGAACUAAGAGGAUGCAGAUGAAGUUUGGUUCCAAUGUUCUAUAAAAUGAUUAAUUUACAGAGGCAACAAAAAAAAAAAUUUAAAUAACAAACCCCAAUUUUGCUACACCAAAACCGCAGGUUUUUAACUCUAGAAAUUUAGUCCCCCCUCCGGCUUUCUGUAAACAAUGAUAUGCAGAGUGUUUGUGUUUGUUGUUGUAGUUUUUCAUUUUUAUCAUAUACAUUACUGAUCACUCUGAUUGACAACCAUUUCAUGAAUGAAAUUAGUGUUGUUCCUCAA